AUGGCUGCUAGUGACCACACAAUUCUGCGUGAUAGAGCAUACAUUCCUACCAAAAGAAGGCUGCUAGAGCUUUCAUCACAAGAUGAAUUGUUGGCACAAAACAAGCUUCUGUCCAAGCAACUGGAAGCAUUGACUGAAACAUUAAGUAAGCUACCAACUCAAUUACAUUCUGGACAACCUUCACCCUCUUCUGUUUUGCAGGUUGCAGGUUGUCUCAUAUGUGGUGGAGCACAUGAGUCUGGCUAUUAUAUUUCCCAAGAAGAAGCAACACGUGAAGUGAACUAUAUGGGGAACCAGCCAAGACCAAAUUUCAAUGCAGGUGGGCAUUCUGGAUUUCAAUAUGGCCAGCAAUAUCAUUCACAGCAGGGACAGUGGAGAAAUCACCCUCGAAAUCAAUUUAAUAAAGACCAGGGUGGUCCAUCUAACAGGCCACAACAACAAGGGCCUAGUCUUUAUGAUCGAACAACGAAGCUGGAAGAGACUUUUACUCAGUUCAUGCAAGUUUCAAAGUCAAAUCAAAAGGGCACAGAGUCAGCCAUUAAGAAUCUGGAAGUCCAAGUGGGACAGUUGGCAAAACAAUUGGCAGACCGUCCGUCUAGCAGCUUUGGAGCUAAUACUGAGAAAAAUCCAAAUGGGGAAUGUAAAGUUGUCAUGACUAGAAGCAGAUUGGUGGCCAUGAAAGAAGGUGAGAAUGGAAUAGGUGCAGAAAAACAACAGCUGGUGUCUAGCCCAGCACUUGAUCCUGUGGUAGAGUCUUUGAGUGGGUCUGAUGAAGAGUUGGAGGCAGAAGAUGAGAAAAAGAAGGAGACAACAAUAAAUUUGAAUAUGCUAACUAAGAAGAACAAGUACAUCCACAAUGACACCAUAGUUGUGGAAGGAAACUGCAGUGCUAUUAUUCAAUGUAUCCUUCCACUGAAGCAUAAGGAUCCAGGCAGUGUCACUAUACCUUGUUCUAUAGGAGAAGUUUCAGUAGGCAAGGCUCUUAUUGAUUUAGGAGCCAGUAUUAAUUUGAUGUCGCUCUCUAUGUGCUGGAGACUUGGAGAGUUGGAGAUAAUGCCUACUCGGAUGACCUUACAGUUAGCUGAUCGCUCUGUCACCAGACCCUAUGGAGUGAUUGAAGACGUGCUGGUCCGGGUCAAGCAUCUCAUCUUUCCUACUGAUUUUGUUGUAAUGGACAUUGAGGAAGAUGCGGAUAUUCCUGUCAUUUUGGGACGUCCAUUUAUGUCCACUGCAAGUUGUGUGGUGGACAUGGGGAAGAAAAAGUUGGAAAUAAGUCUUGAAAACCAACAAAUCAGCUUUGAUCUAUUUAAUGAAGGAAGAGAAUUGUUGGACCAGGAUGCAUGCUUACAGGUGAAGGAGUUGGAUAAGAAGGUUCUGAAGGAGAGAACCAAGAUUGAUCCAGGAUAA